ACCCGCGCGCACCACAGUCCGACGGGACGCGGUGAUGGUAACCCGUUUGUCCUCGCGCGUUGAGUUAUCUGGAUCUGGAGGUGUUCGAGUCGAGCAGUAGGACCCAAGUCCGUCAGACGGGAAUGAAUCAGACGGAGUUGUCCUCGGAAGAGCUGCGUUCUCUCCCGCCGAGAGCACCGGGUUUACCCGCAGCGUCACCAAAGAGACGGUUUGUCAAGCUGGGGAAGAAGACAACUGAUGGAUCCCUACAAUCCACUUCGUCCACUGGCAGUUCGUCCACCAGCAGGUCAGCGGAGGCCGUAAGACAGCCCAGCAGGAGCCGCAUCCGCCGCCAGACUAACCGCCUCUCGGGGGUCUUCCUCCGCGGCCCCGCCUCCACCUCGGGCUCCAUGGCGCUGACGGCGGGAUUCGGGGCCUCGCUGUCCAUACCAGCCAGGAAGGGGAGCGUGAUCCCUGCGGACGCCUUGAGAGAGGACGACCCGUCCGAGCUGUCCAAUCAGAUAACUGCCCCGGGGAUCCUGAAGAUCUUUGGAAACGAGAUUUGCGAGGGAGCUCACUAUAAGAGCGUCCUGGCCACCACGCACUCCAGUGCGAAAGAGCUCGUCAAGGAGGCCCUCGAACGGUAUGGCCUGGGCCAGGAGGAGGCAGAGUCCUAUGUUCUGUGCGACACCAUCGGCUCCACCGGAGAAAACCGAUGGAGGACGGAGGGGUUCCGCGUCGUGGGCGACAACGAGCGGCCCCUCGUCCUGCAGUCGCUGUGGAAACCCAGAGAAGGCCUGGCCCGGCGGUUCGAAAUCCAGAGGAGGAGCUCGAUAGAGGAGAAGACGUCCAGAGACAAAGACACCGUCACGGCCGGCAUCAACGCCCAGGCUCGAAAGCUGCAGAAGAGCCGCUCCAGGGUGACCUCCACCCUCAUGGCGAGGACCGCGGGACGAGGCCACAAACUGUGGAGGAGUAAAAGUGAGAUGGACCUCUUGGAUUCUGACGCGCAGGCCGAACAGGACGGCGAACGUCGGGACGCAUGUCGCAAGGAUCGAAGCGAGAGUCUGAAUCAAACGUCGGCGCAGAGCUCCGAGAGCCCGGAAACGAGCCUGGAACAGGAUCGCAUUCACAGCCCGGCGGUCCCCUCCGAGGGGGACGACGGGCCCAAAACAGAGGGCCUCUGUCCGGCGAGGCCGAGGGCCGAGCGGGAAGGAGAGGAGUCGGAGAGGGAGGAGACGGAGAGCAGCGACGAUAACACCACACAGUACUCCAUUCACCCUCCUCCUGACUGUCCGUACCUGCUGCUGCUGCAGGGCUGCAGCCCGGCACAGGACUUUGUCAUCUACCUUCUCGCUGGGCCAGACCUGGCAUUCGGUCGGCAAAGCAAUCAUGAGGACGGCACGAAGCCGGACGCCCUGCUCUUCGCCGCCGACAUCCUCCCGAGGCACUGCCGUUUCCGUCGGCACGGCGCCGCCAGCCCCACCGUGCUCUGCCCCUGUCCCAACGCCGCGGUCAUGAGGAACGGCGAAGCGCUCACUAAAGACGUGCAGCUUGACCCCGGUGACGUCAUCGGGAUGGGGCAGCGCUACCUGUUUCUGUUCAAGGAUCCCUUUGCUUCGGCACGCAAGGAAGAGGACAACGCUGCUCCUGAGCCCGGCGUGGCCGCUGUCCCCUGGACGAUGUCUCACGCCACGACAACCAGCCAUACCAAAAAAACUGUCUUCUGUGACACCUGCAUCUCAACGUCCGCCGGCCCUCAGAGCCCUCUGAACCGACGCCGACCCUUUUUAAAAUCACCCGAAAGCCACAGCCCGACUCUGGAGUACGAGAGCGAGGACCAGGAGCGCAUUGUCGAGGAGAUCGUGGCUCUGGGACGGACCGGCGUCCGAGACGGGCCUCCGCUGACCUUUGCCUUUUUGCUGUGUCUUUGUGUGCAGUAUUCGUCCACAUGUCUCCACACAUCAGACCUGCGCCGGCUGCUGCUGCUUAUUGCGAGCGCAGUGCAGAGCGCCAUGUGGGAGCUCACUAAGGACCUGGCUGCAGUCCAACCUGAAGUUCUCAACGGUGAAGGCUCAAACCCGGAGGACCUCCAGGCUCUCGGCCAGCCCGAGGCGAUCUCAGGAUUGCGCCCCCUGGCGGUGUGGAUGUCCAACAGUCUGGAGCUUUUGCAGUUCAUCCAGUGCCAGCUGCCUCUUAUUCUGGAGUGGAGAACCCGAAAGGAGCAGGAACAGGACAAUGAUGGAGGAACAGACGAGGACGAGAGCAAGGAGGUGGAGAACUUGGCCCUGUUGGCGCUGCGUCUGUCCGGUGUCCGUACAGCCAGCGAGGAGACGGUGGCGGUCCUGGAGGAGGUCAUCAUGCUCGCCUUCCAGCAGUGUGUGUACUACAUCACCAAGCUCCUCUACCCCAUCCUGCCGGCCCUUCUGGAUUGCAACCCGUUCGGGGAGACCGCCGAGAGCGCCCGGGUCCGGGGUGAAGGCGGACUGCAGGUCCCCGGUGAGAUCCGGCAUCUCACGGAUGUUCUGACCGAGACCUGGCUGAUGCUGCGCGACUGCCAGAUCCACCCGGAGAUUUCCUCGCAGCUCAUUGGCUACCUCUUCUACUUCAUCAAUGCGUCGCUCUUCAACUCGCUCAUGGAGAGAGGCUCGGAGCUAGGGUUCUACCAGUGGGCCGGAGGAGUACGCAUGCGGGCCAAUCUUGACCUGCUCCUGGACUGGGCCCACGCAGCUGGACUCGGAGAACUGGCCUCGGAGCACACACACACACUCGCCUCAGCUAUCAAUGUGCUGGCUACACCUCGAAAUAAUUUACUGCAGACAUCAUGGGUUUCCUUGCGGUCGGACUACCCUGCCCUAAGUCCGGCCCAGCUGAACCACCUGCUGAGCCUUUACAGCCCAGCGUCUCCCUGCAGACACACCUGGACUCCAUCCGGUCCCGACGAGGCCGCAGCACACCAGACUGCUGAUAUCCUUGAGAGUUUCGACACCCACCAUCCUCUGGUGCUGCCUGAUGAGGGCUACCAGUUCCUACUGGGCGGGCAGGUGACCGAUGCACCUCUGAGGGAACAGCUGGACAAGCUCAAAGAGUUCAUGGACGCCGUUUCGGACUCGCGGUCCGAUGAGGUCACAGCUACCGAGGAGCAAGAUGCUAAACCGACUGAGGUGCAGCUCCUUGCCGAGGCCAGUCUGGAGGCCGCGGACACAUCGCCGAUUGAGGUGGUCUCUUUUCCGGCGGCUGUCUGUGACCGCCAGUCCCCUUGCACCACCUCUGGCGCCUCACCUCCGUCACCCUCAUGGCCUCCCUCGCCCACCUCCACCCGGCAACCGGACGAGUUUGCCUCCUGCGGUGUCCUCCUCUUGUCCCGCAAGCUGAGAGAUCUGGAGCGGCAGACCAGAGAGGCCGGCGACGCCAGAAGGAGGUCCGCUCUGGACUCCUCCUGUCUCCUCACCCCACCCAACACCCCCCACCUCAUCAACCCUGUAGAUAAAUGGAUGAAGGGUGACGGUGAGACGGCGCCCUGGUCCUCUCGUGUGAACGCGAGUGACGAAGGCGGGUUGGUGUUCGAAUGUCUCGCUGCACUCGAAGAGGACCGCUCGAAAUCAGACUGCCCCGGCGACAAGAGGUUUUUCGACUUGAAAGAAGAAGAACAAGAAGAACAAGAAGAACAAGAAGAACAAGAAGAACAAGAAGAAGAGGCCGUCGACCAUGAAGAUGACAUUAAUGACGAGGUGUUUAGCUUGGAGCUGGAGCGAGGUGAACGAGGUCUUGGUCUCGCUCUGGUUGACACAAGGGACACUUCCACGAGAGUGAAAGGCGUCUUCGUCCGUGCGGUGGUCCCGGACUCCCCCGCAGCCCGGUGUGCGAGGCUGGUACCAGGAGACAGGAUCCUGGCCGUUAACGGAGUCCCUCUGCUCGGGCUGGACUACCAGAGUGGAAAGGAGCUGAUCCAGUCAUCAGGUGACAGACUGAGGUUACUGGUGGCCCGCUCCGAUUGGAUGGCUGACUGCUGACGCUGUCUUUUUAACCGAGACUGUUACGAUGAGCACACACACAGAUGACUCUAAGAGCUGGUUGAACAUUGGAGCCCAGGACAUGGACCUGAACCAAAGGAGACGUGAUUGAGAAGACUUUAUUUCUCAUGCACUAUAAAAUGAGCUACUUCCUGGUGAAACUGAGCACCGGGUGAUUGCAUACAUUUAAUUUUACAUUGCGAUAGCGUGAUUUCCAGCAAAUUUCAAACGUUCUGAAAGCGUUUGGUCUGAAUGCAUUCGUCACUGCUGCUACUUCUGAUCCAGCCUUGGUUUUGAGGUAGAAGACUCCUACGCAGGGUUCAAGACCACCAUGAACCACUUCAGCUCGAGAUCAGGACCAGCCGCCGUCAGCCCAUCAACAGCAACGAGCAGCAGCUCAGGUGUAACGGCAUCCCCAUUCUUGGAUUUAGAUUUAUUGUUUUGUAUCCAUCAUUUAAUUUGACAUGCCGUUGCUAAAUGAACCAUCAACAAAUAUAUUGUCACUUAUUUCUCCCGGUUGGCUCAGAUUCACAGAAAGUGAGUCAGACAAGUCCUAGUUUACCUUCAUGGCUCAUAGUUUAUUGUAAUUAUUAUGGCUCAUACCUGUUUUUUAUCUAUAAACUUCUUCUUUUUUAAAGCUGUUUUAGUCGUUAGCUCCAUCUGUUGCUACUUCAGCAAUAAAUACAUUAUAAUCCUCCAUCGGUGUGAUUUCCAUUGUCACACCGAAGAUUAAAUGAAUGAGUUUUUAACUGUAAACAACAGUUACAAACAUUUACAUUUAUAAUAUAGAACAUGCUCCUCACAGGCUGUGCGGUUAUGUUUGAGCUCAAGAAGCUCAGGCACUGAAUAAAGGCACAAAAACCACGACUCACCAACUCUCUCUCCACAUGGUGGAGUAACACAAACCAGCAUCCAAGCACUCUCCACCUCCUCUCUCCGCCUCUUCUUUCCACCUCCUCUCCACCUCAUCUCUCAACCUUAUCUGCACCUCCUCUCUCCACCUUGUCUCUCCACCUCGUCUUUCCACCUCGUCUCUUCACCACCUCCUCUGCACCUCCUCUCUCCAACUUGUCUUUCCACCUCCUCUCUCCACCUUGUCUCUCCACCUCCUCUCUCCACCUUGUCUCUCAACCUCCUCUUUCCACCUCCUCACUCCACCUCCUCUCUCUCACUCAAUUAUAUUGUUUUGAAUCUGAUUUCUCUGAGUUAAAGCAGUAAAAAAGUAAAUACAUAUGAAUAGCUUUCUUUGUAUCUAGCCAGAUCUCAUGGCUUUCAUUAUAAAAUAGAAUGUACCCUGUUUUAUAGGAUGUGUGUAUUCAUAUAUAUAUAUAUAUAUAUAUAUAUUAUAUUGAUAUGGGCCUGUAUUGUUACAUUAGAAAUGAUCUUAUAAUCUUAGUAUCUUAGAUAAUGUUAUAUUAUCAACGGGGAAAACUCACUGAUGAAGGACAUAAAAUAUAAGUUGAAAUGAAUUAAAAAACCCAAGAAGGGUCCUUGAGAUUC